ACCUCAAAAUUAAGGGACUAUUUGAGGAAAAAAAACUCAAUAAUACAAAUGCCAGUGUACACGUCAAAUAACUCCAUUUUUUUUUUCUCGUGCUCCUCAUAUAUAUUUCUCCGCCGUGCUCUUUCACUUCACAUUUACCCAUUGCUGCAGGUGAUGUUGGAGUGAACUUGCCUGCACCUCCGCAAAUCUACAGGUUACCUGCUGCCUCCCAUCAAGAGAGGUAAGGGUAACCUUGCUCGCCAAGACUUAGGCAGAUUGAAAGAAUUCACCACCCGCUGACUCUGCUGGGAUUCGUACAAUCAAGAUGGAAUUUUGGUUUCAGUUACAGGAGAUGCUCAUAAAGAUUUUUAUAUUUUUCUUAUGGUCUUCCAUGUUGGCUCAGUGACUAAUUUCAAACCUGCUAUCUUAGAUCAGCUUUGAUCAGCAAUGCCUCCAAACCCUAGGGUCGAUAAUGCCUUUCGUGCUAUGAAAGCUCUCGGGAUUUCUGGAGAGAAAGUGAAGCCAGUGUUGAAGAAUCUUUUAAAAUUGUAUAACAAAAAUUGGGACCUUAUAGAAGAGGAGAACUAUAGGGUCCUUGCAGAUGCAAUAUUUGAUAACGAGGAAGCAAAGGAUGCAGAAAGUAAAAAGUCACCCGAGAUUGCCGAACAAGAGGCUCUGGGGCAAGAUGAGCCUGAACCACCUCUGAAAAAGCAGCGCUUAAAAAAUCAUUCAAGUCAACCAAAUGAGCCUCUUGAAUCUCAUUUGCAAAACCAGUCACCAGGUGUUUUUGAUUCCCCUCAGUCCAUGGGCAACGAAUCACUUAGUAGAAGCAAAGGAAAGCAACCCAUUGGUUUUACUUCUGGUUCUGGCAUCCCACUGUCACCUAAGAAGAAUGCUGUUGCUAAUCACACUUUUAUCAAACCUAAGGAUGAGCCAAUCACUGAUGACCUGCCACAUAAUGCAGUUCCACUUUCCAUCAUCCGCCCAGGUUCAUCAAGUAAAGGGAAGUCUUCAGUUGCAAGUGGUUCAAUAGGCAGACAAGAUAACGCAUUGGCAACUGUAGUCGAAUCAGAUAAAAAUGAUGGAGAUCCACCUUGUCCAGGAGUAGCUAAUGGCAAGCCUGAAACAAACAGGGUUAAAUCUCCUUCCGGCCUUGAGAUAGCUUCUUCACAAUCUGGAGAGGUGAAAAUUAUGUUGAAUUAUGACUCGGUUCUUGGAAAAUCAGGUUUCCAAAUGCCUACUCUUGAUGCAGUGGUGAAGUUAAUGGAUGAUAAAUGUCUCAAAGAAUACAAAGAACUUGAUCCUAAUUUUUCCGUGAUGAAGGUCAUGACCGAUGUUUGUCAGUGCUUCUGGGAGAUGGGCAGUGAAUCAACAAAUAAAUCAUCCGCCAAAUGAACGACAUAUGUCCUAAGAAGCAUGGAGUGGGAGGAAUGAGACAGGUUUAACUUAGCAGACUUAGAUUGAGCUAACAACAUUUUGUGUUAAGCUCAAAUUGAGCUUAAUAACAUCUUCCCGAUUUCUGUUAUUUUUCUUUCCCGUGUUCUUUUAUGUAUCUAUGUGGCAUGAAUUCGCUGUUGUUACUGUUAAGAAGUUCGCUUUUCAGAGGAGGAAAAUGUGUAAUAUGUUAGUGAACCUGUGUUCUUGAAAAUGAAGAGGUAUUUCCCUUCUUCCAAUAUAAGGUUAACAAACGGAGUGUUGCAACUA